AUGUGCUACAAAGUCGUCGAACGAUACUCUGUGUGCAAAUGUCUCUACUUCGAGCACUCGGUCGACCCUUGCUCUGCCUACGGCCAGCGCGGUCAUGAAGUACAAGAGAAGACGGUGCUGGUCGGCUAUACCUGCGACAAACACUCGGCCUAUGCGUUAUCUACCAUUCCUGUCUCGCCUGGUGCGAUGCGAUGGUCUGAUUCCGGCUACGAGAGUUCCAGUGAAACGGAGAUAGAAAAGGACUAUUGGUAA